AUGGUCAUUUUCACAAUAAUAAUCAUCAUUUCACUCGUGCGUGUUGCGUUCGGGGACCAACGAGGAGACUCACUUGUUAGUUAGCGGAACUUCUUGAACACUCGUGAGAACAUUAGCGCAGUAAACGAGGCCGAGCGUCUCUCUCGAGCUUCUGGAGGAUCUGAGCAGCUUUACAGCCGUUUGCGCCUCGGACCUACGCGGAUGUCACAUAUGGCCCCGAAUAAGGUGAAAAGGAAACUUUUAUUGCCGCAGCCACUUCCGUCUCUUUGUUGCUGUGUCUUUUAUGGUCCAGUCGAGAUUCCGAACUGCUCCAGGAGCCGACAUGCGCGCGCGCAGCCCGCCUUCUAAUCAAGCGGAUCGAUCAUCUCCAGAUACGGCGCGCUAAUGUUGCCGACGAUUCCACUUGAUUCACCGUCCAAGCGCUUUGUCUGCGCAAAAGAACGCGCCCGGAGACGUUUAAUUCUCCUCAUCACAGUCACGUAGCGCCUUAAAUAUUAUCGAUGACCAGUCUUGAACGAGUCCUCAGCCUCUUAACAGAGAUUUGUUUGAUACCGCUCGGCGCGCGAGUGUGUGUGUGUGUGUGUGUGUGUGUGUGCAGCUCUCGAGUCAUUUUCCCAGCCAUUAUUUGCUGCUGAGAUAAUUAUCGGUUGUUCUCUGGCUGUGCGUCACAGGAAUGUCCAAGUAAAGAGUCCAACAUCUGCAGCAACAUUUGAAGAGUCUGGAUUAAGAAUAUUCACCCGUGCGCGUGCGUGCGUGUGUGUGUGGUUGCAGGCUUUGCUGCAGAGAUAGUGAUAGUUGUGUGCUGGGGAGCGUCACUUGUUUUAUUGCCCUCACAGAAGAGAGACCAUAAACGCAUUCUUAGCAGCAGCGGCGCCCCCUCCCCAGCCCCCAGCCCUCACUGACACUUGCCUUUAUCUUAAUACACAAAAGCAGCAUUUUCUCAAGGAGUGGAAAUUAAUGAAGUAUCAUGGGGAGUUGUGUUUUCAUCCGCUCAGGUGUGUGUGAGAGACCGCGCGCGUGUGUGUGUGUGUGUACCGACCAAUACAAAAGUUGUAAUCUCAAUUUAAAGAUGUUGUGUAAGCGGGGCUGCCAUCGCGCGAGCUGACCCGCGAGCACGCGGCUCUGGUGUUGCUGUCAAUUAUAAUAAUGGGAAUGAUAAAUCUUUAUUUGUGUAGCCCCUUUCAGGAGAGGCAAAGUGCCUUCCAUAAAAAGGGAGUUCAGAUCAAACAAACGUGACACACAUCGAUGUUCGGGGACGAACUCGAUUUAGGUGGUGACGCACAGAACCCUGGGUCCGUCCAUGUGGGGUCCUUGAAUGCCACGCUACCUGUCGGACGUGUGUGUGUUUGGGGGUUCAACUUUUCCACCGUCGCUCCUGACUGGAGUGUGUUGUGUUGGAUUGUUCACGUCCGAAAGUUUCUCAUUUUUGUGCGCGCGGUUGAGGGACGUGCACGCGCGCCUACUGUCAGUCUAAAGCACAAAAGCCGCGACACCUAAUAUUUGCCAUAAAUCUGGUCCCCUGGACGUCGUGUUGGCGUCAAUCUCCGGUGUGUGUGUGUGUGUUGUGUUCACUGCCAUGAGGACUGUUGUGUUGCGGCUGACUUAUUCACUUGUGAUCGCUGCUCCUCUUCCGCUCGUGGAUUCACCUCAAAUGUUUGUUUAAUGGUCGACGGGAGAUUCGAUCAGCCCUGAACGCCCCAUCACCUGUGUUUGCUGCACAACUGCGUGUUUGUCGGCAUUUAGCACUAAUGUUCCAGCUCUGAGCUAAAAGCUACAGUUUCUCCUGCACUGCUGCCUCUCAAUUGGUGGAGAACAGUCAGCUGACGUUGUCAUAUUGUCUCUCGCCGAGUCAGGACUCGACUAUAACACUCGUCGGGUUUGUGCCUCUUAACCGGAGAUUGGAAAUUAAUAAUAUUGAAUCCACAAAGUCGACGGGCGCGCUUGAGCGGGAAGGCGGACGCGUUUGACACCGACGGGACGGAGAUUGAGAGCUUGGAGACGGAAAGUGGGGCGAGUUGUGGAGAGAGAGAGCGGGUCACCAACCGAGGCAUGAAUUCUUAUUUCGCCAACCCGUCGCUCUCCUGCCAUUUGCCCGGUGGCCAAGAUGUUCUGCCCAACGUGCCCCUCAACUCCACCACCUACGACACGGUGCGCCACUUCUCCUCCUACGGAGCCGCCGUGACCCAGAACCGGAUAUACGCGCCUUUCUACUCCCCGCAAGACAACGUGGUGUUCGGCUCCGGACGGGCUCAGUACGAGUACGGCUCCAACGUGUUCCUGCAGGACAAGGAGGUGCUGCCCAGCUGCAGGCAGACCAACAUGGGACUGAGCGGCGCGCAGAGCCACAUGGCUCAGGAGUACAGUCUGGAUCAGAGCAGGGCGCAGGAGCAGAAGAGCAACAUCCCGAUCUACCCGUGGAUGCAGCGCAUGAACUCACACAGCGGAGUGGGCUACGGGACGGACAGGCGGAGGGGCCGCCAGAUCUACUCCCGCUACCAGACCCUGGAGCUGGAGAAGGAGUUCCACUUCAACCGCUACCUGACCAGACGCAGGCGCAUCGAGAUCGCCAACGCGCUGUGUCUGACCGAGCGGCAGAUCAAGAUCUGGUUCCAGAACCGGCGCAUGAAGUGGAAGAAGGAGAGCAACCUGAGCUCCACGGUGAGUGGGAGCGAACAGUGCGGCCAGGAGGAGGACCGGAGCGGCGGCGCGGCGGAGGAGGUGAAGGAGGAGGACAACAAGAAGAAGACGGAGUAAGAGGAGAUGGAGGAGAAGAACCCAACAAAACUACCUAAAUAUCGGACUGGGAGCUCUCUGCAUGUUGGCUCUCUUCUCUCGUGACGAGCCUUAAAAGAUCCAAAAGAUUUCAGCCUCGACGGUUCGGUUUUUGUGUUGACUUAGUGUUCAGUGUGUCUCAUCACAUUCCAGCGAAGGAACGACCCGGGGCGCUUGGUCCCGACAAAACUUGAAUAUUUUGCCGCACACACACUCUCACACAUAUACACUUCUCUCUCUCUCUAUAUAUAUAUAUAUGAAAUUUUCAGACACACACGCACACACACAACAAACACACACGUGUAUAUAACCAUAUUUACCCGCUUUAAUCCGCUGCAGAAACUUGUGAGUGAAUUUUGGAGACUAAAGCUUUUUUCCGCGAGGAAUAUUUGUACCUCUUUAUUUUACAUUUAAAAUGUUUCUGUGUCAUCAUCGUGUAUCAUGAAAUAAAUAUUUGUUCCACUUUCA